GGGCAGUGAAGUCUGAAUUCUCGGACAUUUACCUUUAUAUCUGGUAAGCUAUGGGUGAAAAACCAUUAACAGACGCAGAAAGAAAGAGACAAAUCUCUCUUCGAAGGCUCCCAGUCGUCGAAGGUGUUAGCAGUCUUAAAGAAUCCUUCAAUCGACAUCUGCACUUUACGCUUGUGAAGGAUCGAAAUGUGGCGACCAAACGAGAUUAUUAUACGUCCUUGGCUCACACAGUAAAGGAUCACUUAGUCGGAAAGUGGAUAAGAUCACAGCAGUCAUAUUAUGAGAAGGAUCCAAAGGUAUUGGCGUACUAUUUGUCAGUUUUUUUGUCUACAGAUGUGUAUGUAUGAGUAGCUUGUUACGUGUGAUGUAGAUCACGAUAUUAGCAGAGAAUUCAUGCGUUCGGUCGUUCGUCAAUACGUGCCAACUCGUUAAACAAAUAGUCUCAUAUUGAACUACAUUUCACACACUGUGAAAUCUUAUGGAAGUUCUCAUUUAGUCGCCAAACGUAUCGAAUGAAAUUGAAUAUUAUGCUACACCGUAUACCGAAACACAAGGCAAGAUGAUAUUGCAGAUUCUGCGCGCACACUCAAAGCUCACUGCAAUUAUUUUAAUUUUAUCUCAAGUCGACGGCAAUGUUUGUUGAAACGCAGCUCAGUUCUACUGUUUCUACAUGUCACAAAGUUAAAGAAUAUUUUUCUAAGCACUCAUUUACUACUAGCAGUAAAAAGGUCAUAAAAUGUUAAAAUUAAUUUUCACGCCCCAUCUGGCGGAUGCUUUUGCAGGCCCUUCAGUGAAUGUGCAUUGUAAAUCAAAACCGCAUUUUCUCUAGUAUUGGUCAUGUUUUGGUUUUUAUUAGUUUAUUAACAGAGCGUAGAGCAAUUAAAUAUAUAAUGGACAGUUUCUUUUUUGUUGUGCAGAGCCAUCAGAAACUUUAAUUUGCAUUGCACAUUUAUAUAUUGAUCAAUUUUCAGAUGAUUAUUAUUUGUAGUGUUUUUUGUUGUUGUUGUUUUGUUAGAUUUAAGCUCAAAGAUGUGAACAUAACAUUUUCCUAUGUUUAAUGUACAUGAAAUACAGGACAAAAUAAUGUAGGACUGUUAGCUAAAAGAAAAAAAAACUAAUUAUUUCACCCAUCAUCAUUUUAAAAUGAUUCACACAUAGAUAAAUAAACAUAGUAAUUAGCACUAUUGACAAUUGUUGGCAACUGUUGUUCCCCAAGGUUUACGUGAACUUUUGGCCUAAUACAGAAAACUAACACUGUUUCCUCUAUUCUGUUGUAAAGUCUAUUCCUGUGGUUUCUUGAUACCCUAAAUCCUCUAUUUAGCCCCCCUCCCAGGAAGCUUAUUUAUUUCAAUCCCAUUUGUGGGGGAGGUGGGGUAGUGAGGGCUUAAUAGAGAUGAGGAGCUUAUUUGAGAAGGGGGGCGUGUUUAAUUAACAAAAGGUGAUGGUAUCAGUUCGCCAUUAAUAAAUACAAAUACAAAGUGGAAAAGCUGAAAUAAAAGAAGGUUGGAGAUCAUGCAGCCGAGGAACAGUAUGAAAUCUGAACUUCCAGCUGGUACAUGUAAAUAAAUCAUCCCAAAUCAGUCCGCACAUCGUGCACACACAAAGAUUGAUUAAUACAGUCUAUCAUUUAUUAGUGAAGAAUAAUUAGAGGAGGAGAAGGGGGCGGGGGUGGUAAUAGAGAGGGGAGAAGCUUAUUUGAGAGGGGGCUUAAUAGAGGAUUUCUUGUAAGCCCUUUAAGGCUAUGUUCAUAUUACAGUGUAUACUGGAUAGCUUUUUGUGCUGACAUGAAAAACUCUCGCGUAUAGUAAGAGCAAUGGCACACAACUGGAGUAAGUCAUUUAUACAUAAUGGACAUUGUGCUGGAGCCGUUGACUGAGAAGGUUUGGUGAACUAAGUUCCAUUGCUCACCCUCACCAAAGUCUGGCACAGUAUCUAUUGACUAUCUGGUAAGUGACACUCUACUUUUGAGAUUGGCAUGGCAUAGUUUUGCUCUGUUACAGAAAUUGUGCUGAAGUCAUCGUUCUUACGUGUGAACAGAUGGUUUUUGUGCCAGCACAAGCGCUAUCCAGUAUAGUAUAAACAUAGCCUAAGAAACUGCUUUUACUGAUGGUCAUUUUCAAUUGUUUGAUUUUUUAACAGCGUGUGUACUAUCUGUCACUGGAGUAUUACAUGGGCCGUGCUUUGACCAAUACCAUGAUCAAUUUGGGGAUUCAAGGAGAGUGUGACGAGGCCAUGUACCAGGUAAGAACUCCAGCUGAAAAUUAAACAAUAAUUUCAUAAAACAUAUUCACCAGUCAUGAGCUACGUAGUCAAGACAGUGCUAUCACUUCUUGUUUUGUACAGUGUAAAAAUACUAAAAUUCUUGUAGUUGUAUUUUAUGAGUAAAACAGUAUAGCAGCUUUGGAACAACGCCCUUUCGUAAUGUGUAAAAUAAAAAUGGGUGUCGUGAGGAAUCUUUUUGUGCCAAGGUCACACCAUUUUGAGGACGAGUAGUCAGUGUGUUUGAUUUUUAGACUGGUGAUCCCGGGUUUGAGUCCUGCUCUGGCCACCAACUGUUUUCUUGGUUGUCCCAAGUCCAAACUUCGGCCAAGCUUCUAAAUAGCCAGCUGGUUGCCUAUUGGAAUGGAGUGUCUGUAAACCCGGUACAAUACCAUGACUUGUCACACUUUCCAUGCAAGGGUACUAAUCUUCCCAUUUACAAGGUGGCAUUUAACUAUUCAAAAUUCAGCUUAUCUUUUACCCUUUAGUGGAAAUGAAGCCCCUUGCAGGCGGAUAGAUUUAACUAGAAUAUGUCAUUUGUUCUUUUAUGCAGCUUGGUCUCGAGAUGGAAGAACUGGAAGAAGUAGAAGAAGAUGCUGGCCUUGGAAAUGGUGGUCUUGGAAGGCUGGCUGCAUGUUUUUUGGAUUCGCUGGCAACAUUAGGCUAUCCGGCAUACGGUUAUGGCAUCAGAUAUGAAUAUGGCAUUUUUAAACAGUCUAUCGACGGCCAUGGGAAUCAGGUACAUAGAUAACUUUAAUACAUAACAGUUUACAUGUAGGUAGUUCACACACCCCUUUCCAGAAAACCAAGAAUCAAAAUUCAAGAAAACAACCUUUCCUUUAUUAUGAAUUAUUGAAAAAAAGUUAAAUGCAUCUAGUGUAAAACAGGACGCAGUUAAUUGGGAGGCAUUUAUACCUAACUUGUCGAGAGAUGACUGGGAAGAGUCAGUUUCAUCUACUUUUGUGUGUCCUCUUUUUACACCAGUAGAUCUUUCCCGCAUUCCGCUCUAGUGAACAAACAUAAAAAAUUGAGGUCGAAGCUCGAGGGGACAAUUUCAUACCAAUCACUGUCUUUUGUCCACUCAAGCCUUGACUUGAUGCCUUUGUUUACCAGGAAUGAGGGAAAGGUCUGUCAGGAUAAAAAUCUCAGACAUUAAAUACAUCCAGGUGACUUAAACGUCUCUAUCAUUAAAACAGCCAUUAUCGCAUUUACAAAUAGACACUCUUGUGACUAUCAUUUUGGGGUAGGCAGCACAUGGGGGACUACAGUCCUGGUUAUGGACUCCUGCUCUUACUUACACGGAAGAAAAAAAUGCAUGGACCUGUCUUCAGUAGUUACUGUACACCAUUAUCCUUCUGUUGUAUCAUUAUUCUUAAGUAUAUUUAAACCCACUGAAAAUAUCGUAAGGCCAGCUUCAACCUGCCAAUUUGGAUUGAUAGCAUUAAGGGUCGCUUCCUUAUUUUAUGAGUUACAGUAAAAUCAGGAAAACUGUGAACACCAGAUAUACUUCUGGAAUGUUAUAGUGUUGGGAAAAAAGCCAAUCAGGAAAGAGAAACUAAACUGCAAGUAAGAACCUUAAUUAGUUUGUGGCUAGUUCGCAUGUCCUGAUCUUUGCUGUGAUUGGUUGUAACACAAUAAACAUUCCUGAAAUAUUUCAAGUGUUCAUGGUUUUGUCAGUUUGACUGUAAUAGCCUUCGAAUAUAGCCAUCUCUUCUCCCUCUUUGCUGCUAGCGCAGUUCACAGGAGACAAUGACAAAAGUGCAGACAUCACUCUUACAACACGUCCCUGCAAGGGGCAAAUAGAGACAGCUGUGUUUGUAGGUUUAUAAGCUAACAACAGUUUUGCUUUGAUUGUAGAUGGAGUUGCCAGAUGAGUGGCUUAAGUUUGGAAACCCUUGGGAAAAAGCCAGACCAGAGUACAUGAUUCCUGUUGAGUUUUAUGGUAGGGUGGAGUCAGAUGCCAGUGGAAAGACCCAUCACUGGGUGGACACCAUCACCACUUUUGCCAUGCCGUAUGAUCAGCCAAUUCCUGGAUAUAACAACAACACAUGUAACACCAUGAGGCUUUGGGCUGCAAAAUCACCAAAGGGUUUUGAUCUGUCGUACUGUGAGUAUUUUUUUAUAUACAUAAUGUUGUCCAAUAAAUUGUAUCAUUAAAUAAUAUAUACAUUGGUCCUUUGGGUCUACAAGGCUUUGUUGUGUCCAUUGAACCUUAAAACUAAACUGUAAAUUGGACUUCAAAGUUCAAUAAAAACAAACAGUAAAGUAAAAUGUCAGGUAAAUAAAGGCAGGGUUUUCAAUAAGGUUUUAAGUACACUGUAGGUGGCAAAAGCUUUGGAGUGGAAAAAACUUGCACCAAAGGGGCAAGUUUCUAGGGGGGUCCGGCAGCGUUCCCCUCAGCAAAAAUUUUGAAAUCUGGGCCUCUUAGAAUGCAUAAAAUGCAAGAAUUAGAGUUUUUGAACCGAGUACAGACAUCAUUAAAUUUUGGCUUUUUAUUCAGUGACAGCGCAUGAAUUCUCUACAUGUACUUUUUAAAUUUAUUUCUUCUUGCCAAUAGCUAUUAACCAUUGGUUGUUUCAGUAUCUGUUUUAAGUCAUGUUAUUUUAAAAAACUGGGGUAAUUUCCAGAGAAAAGUAGGUAGUGAGUUCACGUGAAAUAGCUGGUGAAUUUCGCCAGCUGCUGGCCCUUAUUGAAAACCCUGUAUACCGGUAGGUGCCAUUUUGAUAGCUAAAAAUUCACUGAAAAUUAAUACACCAUUCGGGUUGCCCAAAAUUAAAUUAUUAGAGAGCUUAAGGGACGGCAACAGCAAUGAACAGCGAAAAAACAGUAGGUUUACUGAUUUCUUUGCCAUCGCUACACGACUGCAAUGUGAAAGUGCAUAAUUUCAUGUUUUGUCAAUGACGUGAACACAGGACAACAACUUUCUUUUUUCUUUUCCUGAACUUCAAUAUAGUCUUUUCAAAUUCAACUCCAGAAAAAUUUGCCAACAUUUGAUGAAUUGAACAAGUUGAAAUAAGUGCAAUAAAGUGCUAAGUAGCAUGAAUUCACUUUUUAAGUGAUGUUUUCGUAGCCUUCAUUGCUACUUAAGCUCUCUGUUUCUCACCAGAAAGAGGACGAACCUACUUUCCCUGGAAUGCAGCUGUGCCAAGUGAAAAGCUGCCUUUUAAUCUACCCUUUUGCAGCCUAAUUGAAUUGUUUACAUUGUACAUUUUGAGGGGAACCCUAAUUCUACUCUUGGAAUUUGGUGACCAGUAGUGGCUGAAAUUAUUUGGCUAAAUUGUAUGACAUGGCUUUAUUUAUUAUUACAUGCUUUUCUGUGCAGAUGUGUCAUCUUCUUGUCUGUAAUGAGAGCAAGGUAUUGUUUUUUUUUUCUUCAGUUAAUGGAGGAGACUAUAUCAAGGCUGUUUUGGACAGGAACGUGGCUGAAAAUAUCUCGCGAGUUUUAUACCCAAAUGACAAUGUAAGAUUCUAAGUAAUUAUCUGUAAUUAUUAUCAUUGACUUGGAAGUACAAUAAUUAUUUAAUUUAAGUAGUACUGGUUAAAAUGUUAACUGAUGCACAGCUGUGUGCAUGCAUGCAUGUCAUUACUCAAUUUUUUAUGGUUUUAAAAUCUUUCACUGGGUUAAUUUUAUUUUCCAUAUGUAAGAUACAAUACCUUAUACUGUAGUGAUAAUCUUAUUGCUAGCAGCCUAUCUGUAGUUGAAUGAAAACGGGAUUAGGGAGAGAUGGCUCAGUAGAGCCUGUAAUUAUCAUUUUCAAUAUCUCAUUCCAGUAUAGCAACUCCUGACAGUCAACUUCAACACUUACAUGAAUCAUUUGGCUUUGCACAUGCAGAGUCUAACAAACAUGUCGACAUGGCUGUCAAAAAGUUUUCAAGUAGCAGGCUGAUAAUGAAUAGUAGAUGGCUUUGGAACUUGCACCAAAGGCACAAGUUCUUGAGGGCUGAGGCAUUGAGGGACAUUUUGAGUCUUUUGAGUCUCAGAAAUGGCAUUUUCAGGGGUUUUCAAGAGGUAUUUUCCACCACGGAUGCAAAAAUUGUUUCGUCAGAAUACUUGCAACACUUGGAACAAUGCCAUCGAAAUGUCGCAGGCAUUCCAUGACAUCGCACGGUUCGAACGUUUCACAGAUCUAAACCUGUUUAAAUAUGCAUUCAAUGUCAUUCAAAACUGGAACACAGAUGGUUUACAGUUUUAUUCGAUGGUGCUUAUUUUUUGUUAGCAGUUAUGGUAGAAGGAGAUGAAAGUAGCCGGCUAAGGACAGACACCUAGCUGGCGGUUUUGGCCAGCUACCGGCACGGCCCUUAUUGACAGCCCUGGUCGAGCAUGUGAACACUUUCUACGCUGUGCCUUUUGACGUUUUGACAUUUGACAUUUUGACAGGGAUUGAUUAGUAAAUUAAUAUUCAGAUUGAGGAAUUUUUGAAAAGGUGCUUACAAGCUCUCCCCUUCUCUUUUCUUGCUUUUUUUGCUCAUCUGUGCUGACUGAGAGCCCCGUUCAAGCUAUCUCAAUUUUAUCGCUUAAGGCCUGGCGCACGCUACUGGUGUACACGGCUAAGAAUCUCACAUCGUUUGGCUCUUAUGAACUUAUUAAAACUCAGAUUGCAUCGAUAUUUGGCAAGAAGUUAAAGUUUAUAAACAGCUUUUCAUUGAAUAUUUUUUUUCUGGAUGUAAGACCAAAAUAAAAUUGAAAUAUGAAAAAUAUGGCUCAAAAUGGGACCAUUUUUUAACAGCUCGCGUAACAUUUACAGUCUAACCACGCAUAUUGUGGGAUUUCUCUGUUUCUGUUAAUGGUACUUUGGAAAAAUUUCUCCGAAGAGGUCAGUGACUUAUGAGUACUAACUGUAUUAAAAAUUACUGAACACAAUGGCAAAACAACAAAGUUUAGGGCGCUUUCAGAAAGAUGUUCUGUCUACAAACGAUCUCUGUGCAGCGCGAACGUCAGUUUAAAAGAUUGCUUUUCAUUGACUUUCUGUUGUUGUUAAGAGAAGAAAUAAUAAUUUGUGGAAUGCUCAUAAGUUAAACCUUGCUUAUAGACUAACUGUUAAGACUUCGGGAAACCCAUUUUUACGCUAAGAUCAAAUAUGUAAGGUUAGACAGCAUUUUUUAACGUGAAAAAUUCGUAAACCGUGCGUUGGACCGAAGAUCGGAUUCUAGAGUGUGCUUUGGCAUAAAGAUUUUGUGCCUAAAAUGUGCCUAAGAUGUGCAUAAAGUGUGCAUUUUAGUUUUGAAAAACGUGCCUAAGCCGUGCCAAAGUUGUGCUCAAACUCUGCCUAAUCUGUGCACAAGUCGUGCCAAAAUAUUGAGUCACUCGGAAAAUCGUGUCCAGCCUAUCGAGCUCCACAGCGAACGAAAAGGGCGCACGGCAAUUAUGUCAGUUUUGAGGUUUACGAAGUCUAGAAACACGGUCUGACGACCUUUUUAUCCCCUAAUAAGAAAUAACAUGACUCAGAAUACGGUUAGAGACAGCAGUGAAAGCCCCGACAAACAGGAAAAUGGAAUCUUAAAUAGGUUAGCGUAUUUAAAGUAAGUGCUCAGCUCAAUUACAUUGUUGAUAUGCUAAUUUCAUCCAUGUUAAAAAAUUUCCAAGCAGGUUUCUUCUCCCCUUCUUAACGGAGCGUUUAGUUGGAACGAAAUAUUUGUUUUUUUUUCAGGUGGGCAGAUUUCCAUUCAAAAAAAGAAUUUAUUUGUGAUAUGACUUAUAAAAUGAAAACGAAAAAAUUGAUUGCACGUAGCCUCCCUGCAGACGUCCUUUGGGGUUCGUUUGUCACGCAUUCGUUUCUCUCCCACGAGAAAUGAAUGCGUGACAAACGAACCCCAAAGGACGUCUGCGGGGAGGCUAGAUUGCACGCCGAUGAGUUUAGAAAUAAAUGGCACGUCUCAUCGAUUAUUAUACGAUCAAAGCUUAAUUUGCUAACAGAGCCAGAAAACAAAAAACAAACAAGCAGCUUGAAUUAUUUUACUACUAAGUGUAAAUCCUACUUUUUUAGUUAGAGAAAUAUUUUUAAAAAGCAGCCGCAUUUUGUAUUUAAAAAACAACACGCGUUUGCAUGAAGGUUUCAAAUUACCACUUUGUACUUUUCAUGUUGUUAUGCAAAUUCAGGCCAAUUUUACCGCGAUCGCAAAAAGUAUUUUCUACGACUUUUAUUGGCUAUUUUUGUUCCUUACUUCUUUAGCUUUGUUUUUGUUAUUAUGGCUUCAACUUUCUUUCAUGAUUUCUUUUAGAAACGAAAGAAAGGGAGUCUAUAAAAUUGCAUGGCAAUCGAAAAGGUUCAGACCGGCAUAUAUCGCGUGUGAAUUUCCACUUUAUCCUCGGAGUAAACACGGACUGUCGAAGAAUACUUUAAUUUUCCAGACUUUCGGCGCGGCUCAAAACUUACACUUCCUAUACUUCUAGCUGUAUCGUGUUUGAUCUGAAUUAUUUUUGUAAUUCGUACCAAGUUUGUUAUUUUUUGCAAGUCGGGUUACAAAGAUUUUCAAAAAAGUGCCUUGCAGCGUUGAAUAAUUAUUGUGCCUGAACCGUGCCUAAACCGUGCCUAAACUGUGCCCAAACUGUGCCUAAAAUGUGCCUUAGCAAUAUUUAAAACGUGCCUUAACUGUGCCUAAAGUGUGCCUAAUCUGUGCCUUGCCAUGUUUUUUUCCCGUGCUUUGGCACAAAAACCGUGCCUUUUCUUGAGCCCGAAUCGUGCACAAGGCACGGUGUUACGCUUGUGUACACCAGUAGCGUGCGCCAAGCCUUAAGAGGAAACAAGAAAUUGAAACUCCAUAUUAAACUUGUUUUUUGUGAAGAAUGUGAUCAGCCCUAGAGCUGUGGAGGUUGGUGUUGAAUCACAAAUCUUGUGAUUAGUGUAUUAAUUUUUUAAUACUAUAAUUACCUUAUUAUCUUUGCAGUUUUUUGAAGGGAAGGAGCUGCGACUUAAGCAGCAGUACUUCAUGGUCUCUGCUACUCUGUCAGACAUUGUUAGAAGGUACAAAGCUCCUAAAUUUGGCUCCAAAGAAGCUGUGAGGACCACCUUUGAGGACUUUCCUGACAAAGUAAGUGUAGAAAAAAUAACUUUUUAUUAAAAAAUAUUAUCAAAAAAAUAUACAUACCAUUCUGGGCAUGCUUUGGUUCCAGGCUCAAUCAUAUCAGGGCUGUCACUAAGAUUUCAAGUUGCCAGGGGUCUGUUUCUCAAAAGUCCCAUUGACUUUUUGAGCCUAAAAUUAAAUAAUAUUCAAAUCAAAAGUAAUGUUAAGAAUGAUAGUGCUAGAUCUAGCCAACAGACCAUACCAUGAUUGUUUUGUUAACUGUUAUGAUAGUUUUGUCAUGUUUUCUGCAAAACUGAAACCACCAUCAUGCAUUUACAGUGUAAGCAACUUCAACUUUUAGGGCCCACUGAUUAUCAUUCAAGACACAGGACCCUCUGGCUUGAAAAAAGUCCCAUCUAGUCAUUUUAGCCUAGGAAAGGGCCCAAACAAAAUGCACAUUUUAUGAGCAAACCCAGAAAUUAUGAAUAGUGCAUGACUGUCCUGAGGACUUUUGUCCAGGAUCUAAAAAUGUGAUACGUGUAUGCUGUACUUGAUAGGUUGCCAUUCAGCUCAAUGACACCCAUCCUUCUCUGGCCAUUCCUGAACUAAUGAGGAUAUUUGUGGACAAGGAAGGUCUCACAUGGGACAAGGCAAGUAAAGAAAACAUUAUUACUCUUGUAUCUGUGGAUGCUCUCUUGUAUACAUGUAAGUUGUGCCUAGUCAAAUGCUGCACAUGUUCUAGCAGGGUUUUCAUUAAUUUUUGGAGUAGGAGGGUUCUCGUGGUAGAGUAAGCGGGCAGCCCUACAUACCGAAGGGCCGAAGGACCGAGCCUCUAGGGGGGUCCGGGGGCAUGCUCCCCCGGAAAAUUUUUGAAAAUUAGACUCUCGGAAAUGCAUUUUCCAGCAUUCUGAGUUGGAAAUUUAUAAUUCUAUUCCCUCAUUUUGCAAACGAAAAUUGUGAAUAAUUUGCGGAGCUUUUACUUUAUACUAGCAAUGUUGUAACUGUUUACAGCCUUAGAGAAUUUACUAAAUUGACAAGCACAAAUUGACUUCAUGAAAACCAAUAAUGUAACUAAUUUUGUAACUUUUUGCAGCCUCAGGGAAUUUACUAAAUACAUAAUAUAACAGUAUGAAUAAUGAACCAAACUUACUGGCUUACCGGUAUAUUGCUUAGUUUGUUAGAUAGUGAGCCACACUUGCCUUUUUGAUUUAAAUUAUAAUAACUGAAACAAACAUUAUAUAGAUCGUAGAGUUUCAUGAAUGAACUCCUCCUGUACUGUUUGCUGCUUUCAUUCAUGAAGAAAACUUAAAGUCAAUCCUAAAUACGGGCAACUAAUGUAUGAAGCUUAAAAGGACUACACUAUUGACUAUAUGUCAUGGGAAAAUUCAAAGUCAGAGCCGUAAUCUGAAUCAUCAUCAUCAUCUGCUGGUAGCUCCAAUGCUUUUGAGGUUUCAUCUACUUCAUCUGCAAUUGUACGUUGAACUGGCUGAAUGACGCUGUCAUCAUUAAUUGUCUGCACACCAGCAUCCUGCAUGGUUACCGUUACAACGUUCUCACUUAUACCACUUGAAUUGGCGACCAGUUGUGUGCUGACAAACAUUGGAGGACACUUUCGGCGUGGUUUGGCAGCUAACCAAGCUCUAACAGAAGCAUCAAUCACUCCUUCAAAUUCCUUACUUCCCACUUUAGGACCAUUGAUGAGAAUGUGUAGCAGAGCGUUGAGCAUGUCAUUCUUCAUUCUACUUGAAGCCUUGUCUUCAUCAGUUUUAAAGAACUGGCACCCCUUUCCGCCAUGCAUUCGACACUGGAAGAGAGAUCACUGCCUCUGCCAACUUUGCAAUAAGUGGAAGAUUAAAUGGGACCAGGUCCUUCAUGAACAUUAGCUUCUGGAGGCACCAAUCAGUUGAAGUGACUGUAGGUUUGCUUCCACCAGAGAGCUUUCUAACUUCCUCAGGCAAUUCGUUCUUCCAUUUUGCCAAGUCGUACUUGAAUACCUGCCACUCAUCCAUCAACUGCUUUUUUGUCGCUUUCGUCAUCAAAGAACUGCUCAGCCAGAAGUUUCACCGCUGCACUGCCAUAAUCCCUGAAUCCUGGCUGGCCCCUUUCUGGAACUUGUGCAGGGUCAAAAAUACUAAAAGCAGACAGGAGGGGAAGGGCAGGAAAUCUGCUACUUAAGCUUUCUUUCAGUGAAUUGACAUAUUUCACCAGGAAAUUGGUGAGAAACAGCUUAUCUCUAUCAGACGCAGUAAGAUCAGCUUGUUCCAAUCUGCCUCCAGGUGAAAGAUCUCUAAGGAACUCAGUGACUGGAACUCCCAUCUGGGCAAUUUUGUCAAGGUCAUCGGUGCACUUCUGAAUUGCUGGCUUUAUAUGGGAGAAGGAAACCUUUCCUUGUUGGAAAGCACAGCUGAGUCUGUUGAGAACAGGAAGAACGUGAUGCAUGACUGUUACCACCCCAAUGAAUUUCACUUUGUGCAUCUUUCCGAGAAGACCUGACGCCUGAGCAUCUUUCUGGUCAAGUUGCUUUAGUGUAAGCAUGAGUGGUACGUAAUCCUUAUGUACACCCUCUACAGCCUUGCCAAGAGAGAGCCACCUCGUGCGAGUAGCCUUAGCAAGUCUACGGACGCACUUAUCUUUAGCCUCUUUUGAAGGCUCUUGCAGCUUUUUCACGUUAAGUUGGGUCUUCAGAUAUGCUGCAAGUCGUUUUGGGGAAUUUUCAAAAAAUUUCCAGAUCUGAAAAAGCCAUCUCUCAACUUCUUGCAUGUAUGCGAUAUCAUCAUUAGUGUCACAGCAAGCAAGGGACAGUUUAUGGCAGAUGCAGUGAACACUGACGAGGUGUUUGUUCAACUCUUUCAGCCUGGUGGCCACCCCACUGGUUUUUCCAGUCAUCACGGAUGCUCCAUCCGUGCAAAGGCCAUUGAGCUUUCCAACUGACAAGUCACAAUGGUUUAACUCUGUUACAAGAGUCCUCGUUAUGGUUUCUGCAUUUGCAGACUCAGAUUCAACAAGGAGAUCAUUUGCACUAAGAAACUUAAUCUCUGUGCCACCAGAAGUGCUGUUCCAAAACUGCACGAACGUGAUUAAUUGCUCAGUAACAGAAAUGUCUGUUACUUCAUCAAUUAGAAGGCCAUAAGACCCUGCUUUCUUUAUUUCGUUUAUAAUCAUGUUCUUGACCACAUUUCCACUUGUCAGGAACAUUUCUCUCACUGCAGCGGGAGAUUUGUGAUUAAAAUGCUGCAUUUUGUCUAGCCCAACAGCACGAAACAGGUUUAGCAAAGAAAAGAACUUAACAUUAGCAACUGCCUCCCUUGCUAACCAAUACAAGGCUGCAAAAGCAUUGUACAAUACAUCGUUGCGAACUGCUUCCUUUUCUUCAUACUGUUGAUGAAACAUUGACACCCUUUGAUUCAUUUCAGCUUCCACAGCAGCUUGAUGCAUUUUGGCUGAAGAAUGUUCUCUGAUGGCCUCUUUCCUGUAUCUUUUGCUGGGUGUAGUGCUGAAUACUGCAGCAUUGUUCUGGGUGUUCAAAGUUUUAUGUUUACAGCAAAGAAAACAAAACAUGCCUUGAUUUUCCGAGAACAGAAGCCACCAGAUGCCUGUGGUCUUAUCAUAGGCUAGUUCUCUUUCUUCGACCCAGCUGUGGUGAAAUCGUCUCUUCUUCAGCUUCUUCUGCCUGGCCUCCUCUUCUUCUGAGAAAUCUUUGCAGCUUUUCUGUUUGCAAUCGUAGUAGUUGUGCAGGUUAGAAAGUCCACAUUUCUCUAUUUCUAAUAACAUAAUGUCAUCUGCUAUUGCUUUAGAUACACUUGGCCCUCGGGUUUUUCUACUUGCCGUGAGGUAUGUGAGAGUGCUUCAUUAGACGACUGAGUUUCUACCCCUUCACUUGCUGCUUGUACUAGAGGCAUUGUUGAAUCAUCUGCCAAAGAAAGGUCCAAUAUGCAAUGCAUAAACCUCACCCUGUCACUUAUGCUGAGUUACAUUUUUGGCGGAUUUCCAUUUACCUUUUGCAGUAGUUUUUGUGUCGUUUGUUUUAUGAGCUGCUGAAGAAUUAAGCUUAUAAAUUGUAUGUGUACACGAAGUUUAGCUUGACAUUCCUUUUAAUGUUACUUCUUUUAUGCUUCUAUAAUUGUAGACAUUUUUUUAGUGUUUUAAAAGAUUUCCACUGUAAACAUCUCUUUUCAAGUUACGCGAUACAUACUGUAAGUACUUUUUGACUUCCCAGAUUUUACGCAAUCUUUUCUACCAUGAAUAUAGAUAUCGGCUCGCUCGUAAAAGUAAGCUUAAUGUUCAUGGGACAACAUCCGCGGCCUCAGCUCGGACCUCACGCAAUGUUUGUUUUUAUUUCGGAUAAGUUUGCUGGGAAAUUUAAUUAACCAUCCUGUUAUAACUGUUAGGAAUUUGCACUAACCAUACAAUUCAGCAGGUUUCGAAGUUCUUAGAGUAAAACCAAAGAGGAGCCGGUUGAUUGCUUGUAUUCAAAGGUCGCUAUGUUCAAUGACUCUUUUGACAUGCAAAACGCACACUUUAUUUAUAUCCGCCAGUGCAAGUUCAUUAUGUUGAAAAGAUAACUUGUAAUGUAUUAAUGACUCACCUUUUGCCCUCUUUGGAAAGAAAUUAUCUAAGACGCCUUGGACGUGAGGUCUUUUACUAGCAUUCUUCGCCAUUUUAAGCAAGUGCUUUUGGUAGCGUGAAAUGUCACGUGCAAAUGUUAUGUAACAGCAUGACAGAGCGUAGGUCCUGGUAACUACUUUGAAAACGCAGGCGAUGCGUUUCGUGCAAUGUGAUCAAACUUCGAAAUUUAUCCCUUUGGUUGAGAUAUCCUUCGGUAAUCUGGACACUGAAAUAUUAGUUUUCAUGAAGAAAAGAACUGUAAUUCAGAGAUGCAAUUCCUGGUUAGACUCCCCUGGCAAGGCGGGAAAGCGGUGAAAAGAAGUUUCGGUUAGUCUGGCUUUUGAUUUCGUAUUUGUCUACUUGAGACCUAUUUCGGCGAAGGCGGGUACUGUGCUCAGAGUAGACGGGUGCCGGUACCCGGGUCCCGGCUUCUAAUAAAACCCCUGGUUCUAGGCACCUCCUUCUAUUUUUUUCACUUAGUAUGCCUGACAAGUGUGUGAGGAAUUUAGUGAGUUCUUUGUUAGUAAAACUUGGCGUGUGGUAUAUGCCUGGUGACACAGAAAAAGACUGCCAAUGGGAAUGGUUUUUUCAAGGAGGUCAUAAACAGAGGGGCACAGUUGAAACUCAGUUACUGUAUUUUUUCGGUCAUAAGGUGCACUCGGUUAUAAGGCGCAACCCAAACUUGUCAACACGAUUUUUCUAAGUUGACGAACUUAAUUUUGUUUUGUUGCCCAAAGGUACUUGGUUAUAAGAUGCACCCCGAAAUUACAACAGAUUUAGAGCUAUCAAGCAGACUUUCUUUGAAAAAAAUUGCUGUGCCUUAUAAGCGAAAAAUACUGUACAUAGACCUUGCUCAGACAGACUUUUGAUUAUUACUAUCAGGUCUUUUUUCCUGGUCACAUUCAUGCAUGAGUUGUGUUAAUUAUCACGAGUUCAUAAAAAUCUGAGGGUAUUAUUUCAUAUUGUGCAUUUUGUGUAGGUAAUUGAAAAGUACCCAUAAAAUAGAUAGAAAUGAAGCAUUUGCCGGGCAGUUUUUUCAACUUGUCCUGUGUGUCCAGGCCUAACAUUUCUCAAUGCCUGCCCCUCUGUUAAACUUUCACCAAAGUCACUAAUACCAAAGAUUCUGUGAAAACAGCUGUGUUUAAUGAUUAUCUGCAGCUUGCGCAAUCGUGGGGAGCACCAAUACCUACAUGUAUACAAAUUCUCCAGCCUGAUCUACAUACAAUUCCUUAAGAAAUUAGUUGAGAGAAUUUGAUAAAAGAUCAAAGAUUUUUCUCUUUGUGAUCAUUUUGUUAAUUCUCAUAGACUUUGCUCUUGACAAUCUAUGGAUAUCGUGUGGAGAAAAUUGAUGUUGGUCAAUAUUUGGACUUAAAGGGUUAAUACUACAAGUAUGAGCGGGGCCCCUUCUAUUGUUAUAGAAAACAAAUGGAAAAGAACUAUCUAGCUAUUCAUUUACUCACAUAUUAAUUGCAUAUACCCUAUAAUGUGAAAUCUUCACAAAUAAUUAUUGCAGCCUUAGUGUGAGACACCAAUAAAACAAUUUUGUAAAACCAACCAUCAUCAUAUCAUCUGUGCCUUAAAGUGAUACUACAGCUGUACAUUUGAUUUGAAGUGAAUUACCAUGGCCUGCACCUCUUGUCAGCCAGGCCUUGUGUUUAACAUGAUUGCACUUUACAAUGGUUUCAUUUUUUAGGCUUGGAGCCUCUGUGUAAAGACCUUCAGUUACACCAACCACACAGUUCUCCCUGAAGCAUUGGAGAGGUGGCCAGUGCACAUGCUGGAAUACAUUCUGCCACGGCACCUUCAGAUUAUCUUUGAAAUCAAUUCCUUAUUCCUGAAGGUAACUUUGAUUUUUUAGACAUUGAAAACUGAAUGUUUGUUUAUAUUACUACUUCAUUUUCUUGUAAUUGUCAUUUUGCAGUGUGUAGCAGCAAAUUAAAGUUGCCGCUACACACUGAUUAAAUUUUAAGCAUGUAAGCAUUUGGAGAGAUUUGAAAUAAAAGGCUGGAAAAUAAUGAAUGUCUCAGUAUUUUUAUAAGAAACACAAUACCACGUGGAAAGUGCUUUGUACACUAUUUAUGCACUUGUGUUUGUGUAUCAGAGAUCUCACUUGUUCGCUGGGCGCACUUGUUUUAUUACUGGUACGUCAACAGCUCGUGCGUAAAUACCAUACGCGCACACUUUCCAUGGAGUAUUAUAUAUAAUCUUAUACAGUUGUAUCUUAUCGUAUACCUCAUUUGUCAAUACUGUUGCUGAUUUGGUUGCUUUGUUUGUUUGUUUUAUCAGAAAGUGACAGAAAAAUGGCCAGGUGACAUGGACAGGAUGCGUCGAAUGUCUUUGGUGGAAGAAGGUCCUGAAAAGCGCAUUAACAUGUCACAUUUGUGCAUUGUUGGUUCUCAUGCAAUCAAUGGUGUGGCUGCAUUACAUUCACAGCUACUGACGACCACUAUGUAUGUAUCGUUGGAUCGUUACUGUGCCUUCUCAAUAAUGCAUGAACUCAAAACUAUAAAAAUUAACUGAAGAUUGUGUGUUUUUUGCUGCCAGAUCAAUCAUAGUCGUAUGUGGUAUAAGUUCUUGUCUUACAAGUCUAUAAUUGUGACAAAAAUAUGUGAACCUUUCAAAAAGGAAACAAGCAUUGAAAUGGAUUGAAAUAAUUUUUAUUUUUAUGCCAAUUAAAUCCCACAGACAUGGUCUUUUGAGGUUAUACAAAACAACUUUUUUUUCCUGAGAGGUUUCAAUACUAGUAAGAGUGACUGAUGGCUGCAAAACACCAAUCCAUUGAUUUACUCUUAUUGUAUUUUUUCCUCACCUAGAGGGAACAUAAUCUUUAUAUUGCUGUCUGAUUUAAAUUUUUCUUGUUUUGAAAUUAAGUUAGUAAAAUGACUUGUGUAAAAGUGUAAUGUUAUUUGGUUCCUUUUCAGUUUUAAAGACUUCUAUGAAAUGUACCCAGAAAAGUUUCAGAACAAAACUAAUGGUGUAACACCUCGUCGAUGGCUUCUACUCUGCAAUCCUGGAUUGUCAGAUCUUAUCUGUGAGGUGAGGUACUGUUUAUUUGCAGGAGAGGGUUCAAAUGCCUUGGAGUUCUGGAAUUCACAGAGUGGAGGGGAUGAUCCAGGGUGCUUUCCAUUCACCCUUAAAUUCUGGAAUUUUUUGUUAUUAAGUCAAAUGGAAUGAACCGUUUCAGUUUGGUUGGUUUGACUGGAUUGUUUACUUGGAAUACUUACACUGGUCUGGUCAUUUUGGUCGGUUGGAUAUGUCCCUUUCCAUUUGACAAAAAUUCUUAUUCCCAGUACCACUCUUCUGCAUCCUGCUUACAAGUACAAUAACCAAUUUAUGCAUGCUUUUUAAAAGUACAGUCAAACCUUGAUUAUCCAUACCUCGAUUAUCUGGACUUUUUGAUUAUCUGGACUUGUUUCCCUGGUCCUGGUGUUUUUCAUGAAUAUUAGUAAGAUGUGAUCUUGAGAAAUUGAAACGAUUAAAAGUUCAUUAAUCCUUCCAAACGUGUGUUCAAAACACUGUUUUAAUCUGUUUCUCUUUAAAAAAGCUUGAGCGACACGAGAUGAACAAUUAUUCUGAUGUAUUCAGCUGAAUUCUGAUUGGCUCCAUAUUGUUAUGUUGCUAAGGGAAUGUCAUGCUUGAUUCCACGUUGGUUAUGUAAACACAAGACCAAUCGAUCGUAAACUCAAAUCACAGCCAUGUCUAUGCAACGAAAGUAGUCUGUUCUGUUGAUAAAGGAUAAGCAAACAAUUAUUUAUUAUUUCAUGUUUGGAGAAAGUCGAAAAAGGAAGAAAUUAGCGGUCGAGUUUAAAAUCAGCAAGAUAUACGCAAAAAAAAAACAGAUCUCAGAUAUACGCAAAAACAAACUAGUUAGAAAAAAAUUAACUAGUUAGAAAACAAAAUUAACUGAGACAAAAAAUUAUCUACAACAUCUACAUUAUUGUCUCAUUAAUAUUCACAUUUUCAGUUAUCUGGACUCUCGAUUAUCCAGACUAUUUACUCAAGUCCCAACGAGUCCAGAUAAUCGAGGUUCAACUAUAUUAUUCAGAUCUUCAGUUUUUGAAUAUUUUUUUUGUCUGACCUUACACAUAUGUACAAUUUGUAUUAUAGGCAUGGGGCAAACUUGAGUUAGACAUUGUCCAAUAACUAACAAAUACUGAUGUCAAGGUUGUGCUCUACGAAAAAUUGAGGGGAGCCCAGUGCUCUGAACCUGUGAAAUCCUGGGUGCUCAGCAUAUUAUUUCUAUCGAAAAAGUAACCUUUUCUAGUCGCCCUGGAGCAAAUUUAGUUGCCAAUGGCUACCGGACACUGCUAGUGCUCACAGCCCUGUAUUUGCUUCAGAUUUGACUGAUGCUAAUAUUACUUUUGCUUGCUGAUUUGUGUGCAAAAGACAAAGAAUUUCCAUUACAAGAGAGUGGAGUCAAUUUCAGGUGAAGAAAUUUUCCAAAAUCCACUUCAGGGUUGGGGUAUGAGGCAAAUCCCUUCUUUGUUGGGGUAUGGGUGUGUUUUUCAGGAACAAAACAAAAUAUUAUACCACUUGUUAAUAUAAAGGUCAUACAUCACAUUGCUACUUACAAGUUUGUGUCUUACUCCUUCUUCUAUCUCUUUAACAAAAUAGAUUGCUUUCAUUAGUUAUUAAUUAAGUUUAAAAUUAUUAUUUCAUUCGAAAUAAUUAUUUUUAUACAUAAUUUCCUGCAGAAAAUUGGCGAGGAAUGGAUAACUGACUUAUCAAAGCUUAGAAGGUUAGAAAAGUUUGUCAAAGACAAGAACUUCAAGCAUGCUUUUAUGAGAAGCAAGCAGGUAAUUAAGAAAAAAAAAUGACUUUAUAGGUGUAGAACAAUUACUAGUGAGGUAACUCUAACUGCUCGGCCACUCCGCCUACCCUCUGUGUGUGACCUUAUAGAUGGCAGUAUUUAAUUUGUGACCCACUGGUCCUGCAACUGAGAUCAGGGCUGCAAAUAACGGACAGCAGGUUGCCGGUCAUGAUGACCGGCCAAAUAUUUUUUAGCCCGGACAAACCCCGAUUCUGGCCGGUCAAAUAAUGGAUACUAAUAAUUUUUUUUUGCCUAAGGAAUAUCCAAUUAUGCUGGCAAUAGAUCGUUAUUACUACAUUGACGUUCACAUUUUUGACAGCAAAUUGGUGAAUAAUGUAUUCGCAUGUUGUAGAGAUCCUUUCCGCGGUUUUCGCGCGUUUUAAUGUUACGUUCUACCUUGAGUAUCAUUGCACGGCGGUGUCUGAAGUCUCUAGAGGUAAAAAGUGAAGCGUAAAAUCCUUUUCAAACUCCCAAGGUUCAGGAAACGGAAUACACAUACAGUUCAGCAAACGUUAGAAAUUAAGAAAAAAAAAAACAAAAAAAUUGGGUUAUUUUACAAAAUCUGCACACGCUUGUUUUACGUUGAUGUUCCGAAAUGAACAUCGGUGAGACUUGAUCUUUUUCCUUGCCUGGCAUGUGAUUGAAAGUCACUUCCUCAAAGAAGAAUCGUCGCUGAUAUUUUCGGCAAAGUUGAUUUGCAUUGGCGAGAAGUUUGUUCCACAAACAGCGUGUUGAUGAUCAGAAGUCAAUAAAUAAAUUUGGGUCAUCGCGCAACAUUUUAUCGCAAAGGGCUCAAAUGUCAACAGAAAUUUGCAUAAAGUUGUUUACAUGAACGAGAAUCUAGCGCCGCGAUAGACGACGACCUUCCCUCUUGAGUAGCUUAAAUUUUUAUCAGACCAUUCUGGAAUCGAGUCUGCAAACGAGAUUCAUGUUCGACAUAAAAGAAAUUAUUAUUAAUCGAUGCGCUAACAUUUAUUCCCGGAGAAACACAGGACGACCUGUUGAGAAUUGCGAUAGAUUUGCCUGAAUUCCUUCGAAUUCCCAAAGAAGGUCACAUUGCUGAUUACAGCAAAGCUGAAAGUACAGUACGACUUGCAACGAUGCAUUACUUUCCAACUCAGUUUGUUAUUCACUUUGUUACGUUAGAUUACGACAUGACGACAUGAAAUUAAUUUAUUGCAGCGUUCUUUUUCUUAGAACGGUUUAGUGCAAAGCAGCAAAAAACGCCAAAGAAAAAAGAAAUCAUUGCAGCGUUAUAGAGCAUUAAGCGACAACUGUAUGGAAAAUAAAGUGUUUGUAUCCAAAAAUGACCGGUCAAAAUGACCGGCAAGACCAGAGUUUGACCGGUCAAGUCCGCGAUCAGGCCGGACAUUGUCCGUUGACCGGCCGUUAUUUGCAGCCCUGGAGAUGGUCCAAGUUUAUGUCUUGCCAAGUCAAUGUCUUGCCCUGAUUACCAGCUGGAGUUAUGUGAUUAGUCCUGAGCUCAACUUCUUGGCUAUGGUUGUAAAUUAAUAGCCUUGAAACUAGUUUGCCAGGCCAGAAAUUAAUGCUCAUAAAUUUGUAAAAUAUGAGGGGUUUUUGGAAGUUGCAUGACAAAAGAAUAUCCUGUAGGAAACGUUUAUAUUUACUGAAGCAUUUUUCCUGUAGAAAUCUGAGAAAGAAUUUAUGGCAGCUGGACUUCUGUUUCUAUUUGGGAGUUGGAUCUUGAUAAUUUAAUCCAAUAAAAGGUGUUAAGCCAGUGAGGGAAACAAGCACUCUUCUAAGUUAUGUUAAUUGUGAUGAUGUUAUUCAAAUGAAAGAAGUGGUAGGUGGGAAGGCUCCAACCAUACUCUAACUCGGAGACCUCUUGACUUGGCAUGCAAUUUUCUUGAUUGCAAAAUAAUUACUGAUAUGUUGCUUGUUGAUCUUUUUAUUCUUCAGGAAAACAAGAUAAGACUUGCAGACUUCAUCAAGCGGCAGUAUAAAGUUGAGGUGAAUGUGAACUCAAUUUUUGAUGUCCAAGUAAAGAGGAUUCAUGAGUACAAGAGACAGCUGAUGAACUGCCUUCAUGUUAUUGUGCUGUACAAUAGUGAGUUUAUUAUUGAUUAGCAACUUAUUAAUUAGUUAAUUAAUUAAUUAAUUAAACUUUUCAUGACUUUGACUAUCCUUGAACUUUCAAUUGCUGGAAAUGCCCCAUUAUUUGCUCAUACAAGAUGGGCUAAAAGUUGGUGGUGGUGAAGUUGCUAAGUUGAUAAUAAACUCUCUCUUAGCUUGACACCAUUCACUCCAGUAUUAAGGGACCAUCCUUGAUAGAUUUUUGCCAUUCACCCCUGGGAAUUUUGCCCAAAAACGCGUUUUGAAGCCAGUUGAGACGUUUUUCUCUGUCUGGCUAAAAAGGGCUAAAGGGUAUGGUUUGUAACAUAUCUUCAGACUUUACCAAAGUUGUCCUUGACCAAAAGCAAAUGAAUAUAUUCUGGACAGUUCAUGAUUUGUUGAACAUAUUAGCUUUAUUUUGUUAUAAUUUUAAUUUUUGGACUAUUUUAGUUCAUUGGAGUUUCGACGACUCAUCGCAUUAAUUUGUCCAGACUGUCAAAACACAUACUAUGACAUCUUGACUGUCAAAACUGAUGGCAUGAAUGGAUGUGGAUCCUGCAAGCGGUUCCUGGUUCCUGUGGGCGGUUAUGGGUGGUUCUGGUGUGAAUGGGUUAAGGUUGUCAUUAUUAGGAAGGUUUCUGUCAAAAGAGAAUUGGCAUUAUAACUUAACUGCACUCUGUUUUAUGUGCAGGGCUUAAAGCAAAUCCCAACAUGGACUUUGUUCCUCGCACUGUCAUGAUUGGAGGAAAGGUAUGCAUUUAUUUCUGUACUCACUGGACAAAUCAUACAAUGUACAUGCCAUUCAUUCAUUCUUUCUUUUGUCUGUUCAUUCAUUUGUUCAUUAUUUUCUGUUUUGUUGUUACAUUGUAUUUCUCUAUACUUCUAGAAUAAAAGUAGACUCAAUAGGGCAAAGUGCUGCUAUUAUCAAGUCUAGCCAUCAAUGCAUUUCAUAACUUGUUUCUUUUCUGUUAAACAGGCUGCACCAGGCUACUACAUGGCCAAACUGAUCAUUAAACUCUUCAACUGUAUUGCCAGAGGUUAGCAUUUUCUGCUUUUUACAGUAGUUACAUGUAACACUGAGGCUGAGUAUAAUGAUAUUAUGAAGAACUAUGCAGAUUGAGGAGCAGAUUAUAACCCCCAAGAUCCAAUUCGUCGCAACAAGUUAAACAAAUGCCAAAUUCAAUAUUCAGUCUACCUAUUUGCCAGUGAUUUUUGGUGUAUUCCUGUCAUUAUUUUUUUGAAUCAGUAAUUAUAAUUUAUUAUAAUUUCCCUUAUUCAUCUUUCCUAACCUUGCCCCAGUUGUUCAAACAUAAGAGAGCAUUAAUUUAUCUAUCCAAUGGAUAUUUACUAUCCAGUGGGUAAAUUUUAGGGAAGUCAGAGAUUUAUCUAGUGAAUAGCACUUUUUGACCUUUUGAACAGCUGGGGCCAGAGGUUCUGAAAGUGUGGAUUUUAUACCAGCAAUCUGAAAAGAUUCUAUUAGAUCAAUCAGCUUGGAAGCUUAAAUGUAGCCUCUUCAUUAUUUGUUCUUCUUUACAAUGUAUUCAUUACAUGAGAAUUUAUACAGUCAGUUAGCUAAAAUAUUCUUGUAUUUUGUACUGUUUAGUGAUAAACAAUGAUCCAAUCAUUGGAGACAAACUCAAGCUUGUGUUCCUCGACAACUACAGAGUGUCUCUUGCUGAGAAGGGUAUCCUUUGAGAACUCGCAUAUAUUAGUACAAUGUGUAAUCUUGCCCUUUGUACUUUGUGUUAUAAAGAACGUUGAUGUGUUGAUAAAAUUAUGCUGGGAAAAUUCAAGGUGAUUGAGUAUUUCUGCUCGUCCCCAAAGAUUUUCCUUGUUGAGGAAAAUCUCUGAGUCUGAGUCUUUUGUUUUAUGAGGAGGAAUACUCUGGAUCCAAGCAUUAAGAGGAGUUGUACUGAGAAAAAUCUAUUGCCAACUGUUCAAGUUUUAUCAUUUAUUGCUGGGCAUUAUCUCAGACUGUCAUAACAGAAAUCAGGAUCAUCUCACUGAAUAGAAACAUUCCCAAUUUUUCUGGAUUUUCGCCAGGGAAGCUCAGUCAUUUGGGAUUUUCCCAGUGUAUGCAAACCAGGGUAAGCAGACGUGUGAUGUGUGCCUUACUGGAAAAUACAGUUCAGGUGUUUCUUGAACUCUAAGAUCAGUGAUGAACUUGAGUCCCUUGAUUUUAGAAAAUUAAUAAGGGCACAAUAUAUAGGUAUUAAUAUUAACUUAACUGUUUAACACUUUUGAGUCAAUACUAUUAUUCUGUGUUGUGGUCUGUGAAAGUUCCUUCCCUUCCUUUGUUGAUUUUUGUUGUACCCAUUUAGCAAGUAAUUUCAAUUAUGUUUCUCUAGCUGAAAUAUUUAGGGUGAUCAAUUCUAGAAAAUAUCCUUAUCUCCCCCUUGGAAGGAAGUCUUAGAAAUUAAUUGAAAAUUCUAAUUCUGGAAUUCCAAUUAUCUUUAUGUUCUACGUGUCAGUGGUGAUUGUAAGAAUUGUUUGGAGUUAGAUACACUGUAAAUAACAUUUAAUGUUAUUUAAGAAAUCCAUUGGACUUAAUAAUAGUUUGCCAUUAUUUCCUUAACUGUCAUUCAGUAAUUCCUGCUGCUGACUUGUCUGAACAGGUAAGAAAUGAGAGUUUUUAUUCAUCUCUAUUUCCCUAUCCUAUGAGUACAGCAGUUUCUCCUGGCUCCUUGCUGCUAGGAACGUUUUGCGGGAGAGAUAUCUGUGAUUCAGCUCCCAAAAUUCCAUACUGAUGAUGUAGAUUAAGGGUGGAAUCUGGUCAAGAAGUGCUGAUUGGUUGACGCAAUACUUUAAUUAUUUUAAAGUAAGUAUAAGGGUGUAGUGGAACAAGAUUUUUGUUGGUUUUCUCAGGUCAAAUUUACAUGAAUGAUUUCUUUUUCAUUAUAAUGUAACUGGCAGUGACCUGCCUGACUGAAUCUUGCUCAUUUUUACCUUAACUGUCACACGCAGUACAAGGGUGGGCUUCCAAAUGGGUUUUUAUGGGUGGCGGAGAUCUAAAUGUUAAGGUUGAAUCAUAUUAAGAAUCAUUAUCAACGCUUUAAUUUAAUUGCCCUGUUUUUGUUUUUCUUUCUUUACCUGAAAAUUGCAGAUAUCCUUGGCAGGCACAGAAGCUUCUGGAACUGGAAACAUGAAAUUCAUGGUAAGAUUAUGAUAAUGCUGAAUAAAAAUUAAUAAUGAUCAUCAUCAUAAUCUUGAUCAUAGAGUACACUUAGUAUUCUAAAAGAUAAACUUAUGACUUUCUCCUCAGUCAAGCUUUUGUUGGUCUGCAGCAAAUUAUUCUUAAACUUGUAAAGUUGAAAUUUAAAGAACCCUAAUUUUGUUUCAAUUAAUGGUUACAAAAAAAUGCAAAAUAUAAAUAUCAUUACCCAGAAUUUCUGGAUGAAAGUCUAGCCACAAUAAGUUGCUGAACUUUGCCUUGUGUGCAUUUUAGAUGAAUGGAGCCUUAACUAUUGGUACCCUGGAUGGAGCCAAUGUUGAAAUGAAAGAAGAGAUGGGAAGCGAGAACAUUUUCAUCUUUGGUAUGACAGUUGAAGAGGUGGAUGCUCUCAGAGCAAAAGGGUAAGGAACUUUUUACCAAUUUUCUGCAACAAUAAUACUGAUUUAGGACAUUGUUACUGUUAGUUACAGUGCUGGAAUUUUUUUGGAUUUAUAAUAAAGUUACUCCAACUCCAGUGCCUGCUAAACAACACAUGAGUAUUUGACACUAAUUAGAAAUAAUAUUUUAUAGUUCUUACAUGUGCUUAUUUAUUAUUACCAGCAAUAAUUGAAAAUUAAGGGAACAGGGUCCGGCAGUGAUUUCAUUGGACCAUUCCUGUGAUUUUUGUGCAAAAAAGGCUAAAUCUUGAAACCGAAUCAGAACAUAAAUACCAGUUCCUGGCGGAGGAAAGGCUCCUGUUACAGAGAAACAUGUCAUGAGGGAUUGCAGAUUAGGAAUGCAUCUGUUGGACACAAUUAUCAUUGCUGUGAUUAUUUUAUUGACUCUAAUAGUACAAUAUAAGUAGCUCUUAAGUUAAAUGAUUAACAGGGCUUUCAAGAUAUGUGUGCCUCCAACUGUAAGGGCGACUUUACUAUAAUUUUAUUACAGUAGUUGGGUGUGAUAAAAUGCCUCCUGUGAAGUUUUCUACUCAUAGAAUCAAUGUUUUUCUUUAAUAUCUCUUGUUUAGCUACCGAGCAAUGGAUUAUUAUGAAAACAACAGUGAGCUCAGGAAAGCUAUCAACCAGAUCAGAGAUAACUACUUCUCACCUACUGAACCUGGUGUUUUUCAAGACAUUGUCAAUUCUUUGCUUCAUCAUGACAGGUUAGUUAGAACAUAGAUCCUAAUAAUAUAUUCUUGAGGAGGAUUGGAAGGAUUAGCACAGUUGGUUAGUGUGUAUGUGUGCCUUCUGUGUACGUGAAGGAGGUCUCAAGUCAGAUAACUAGUUUGUGCUUUUGACGUAAAAUAAGGACUCUUUACCUUGAACCUUUACCAGAGCUGUCCCUAGGAUCCAGGAGCUGAGGAUUUUCUGCGGCUAUUAUGAGCGCAAACCCUGGCUACUCUUACAGGAAACAAAAAGAAAAUAGAACCAAGAGAAGCUCCUAGCUGUACUAUUCCCCUCCUGCUUAAUGCAUUUUGCCACUUUGAGGUUGCGCCGGAGAUUGGGUCGAGAUGGGCAAGGGCAUUGUGUUUUGUCCCCCAAAACAGUCCCACAGUGCACUUUGACAACCAUCUCAACCUGGUCUCCUGCAACACCUCAAAGUGGUGAAUACUUGGCAACUUGAAAUUUUAGCAACAGUCCCGCUUUACCUGGAUCCUUAAAUAGAAUGAAGCAUUUAAACAAGACUGGUUUUUGCGAUAGCAUCGAAUGCUUCCCCUCAAUAAUUGUCUGCUCUCCCUCAGACCUCCUGCUUUCAUUUCUGCCUUCUGCAUCUUCCCUGGGUUCACAUACCCUUGCACAUCUUCCUUCACUCUUUUUCUGAAAGUUGCAGCUUUGUUUUGUUUUCUGUUUCUUUUGCAGAUUUCUUCUUAUGGCUGAUUUUGAUGCCUACCUUAAAUGUCAAGAGCGAGUCAGUGAGGCAUUUGAGGUAAGCAUAACAACAUCUUUUAAUACAUGCUUAUCAGUGUAAUAAUGAAAAUAGUUAGAAAUAAACAUUAUUAUUAAAGAGUAUCAUUAUUUUGCCGUACCAAAAUGCUUCUGUGGUUAUAAGCUUAAAAUUGUAUGUUGGAUUUGUUGACAUCGUAUUUUAAGUGAAGAAUGGUGCAUUGAUUUUCAAUUACCAGCAAACAAUCAGACCUCUAAUUCCUAGAUAUGAUACAGUAACAUACAGUAAGCAUUCUUUAUGAUGUCUUGAGCCUAGUUUAUGGGGAAAGGUACUUUCUGUUGUGAGAUCUUUGAGAACUUAAAAUCUGUAAAUGUGAUGUAAGUUCAAUGGUAGAUUAUGGAUGUAGGGGCUGUUCUCUCUGCCCAUCUUCUUCAGCCCCGUAGAAUGCUUCUUAAAUAAUGGUAAUGAUGUUUUCUUCCAGGAUCCAGAUCACUGGUUCACCAUGGCUAUCUUAAACGUGGCAUCCUCUGGUAAAUUCUCUAGUGACAGAACCAUCAGGCAGUAUGCAGAGGAGAUAUGGAACGUCAAAGCUAUGGGUGUUAAUGACGUGAAGCCCGUUAACAUUAAAUAAGCAACUCUUCAGUUGGCUUCCCUGUAUUCUGUACAGAAGAAAAGGGCACAGGAAUGUGCUGUCAUUCUUAAUUGUGGAUUGUUGUGGUUGUUAAAACAGCAAGUUAUAGGUUUAUCUGUGGUUUGAAAAAUGAAUGAGUAGUAAGAAAAGUAUUGUAAAUCCCGUGGCUCCAUGGGACUCAUCUCAAUUAACCAUUUUAGCCUCAAUAGUGACCAGUAUCCAAUUUCUCCCAACACAAACACUGCCUGAUCAAACUUACAGGUCAUGAGAAUGAUGAAAUGAUCACCAAAGGUGAAAAUUGAUGUCUUCUUGAUAACUGAACAAAAUAAUUAUCUCAAGCAGUGCCAUGAGAAAUGUAUAAAGAACAGUGUGGAUAGUAUACAUGGUUAUAUUGAGGCUUAAAGGGUUUUAAGUAAAUAAUAUUAUUGUUUUGUGUUUGUCACUAGUAAUUAUGACUGCUUAGUUAUCAUCAGUAGGAUUAAGGUUAUUGAAAAUUUACGAAAUGUGUUAAAAAAAACUGUAACUUUUCGACCCCCUCCCCUUUUGCGAAAAAAUUCAUAGUGGUGGCCAGAGAAGUAGUCAGAGUGGGCAAACCACGUGAAUUGCUUUAACCCAUUCGCCCCUGGAGAUUUUGCUGAAAAACGCGCUUUAAAGCUAGUGGAGCAGUUUUCUGGGCGAGGGGUGUGUGCCCGUAAUCAGUCUUACCUCUUGAAAGGGGCAUACCCACCCAGCCUUUUUUGCAAAGGGGGAUCAGGGAGGGGUUCAACUCAUAUUAAAUAAGUCAACUGGAAAUCUAAGGGUGGUUUCCAUUCAACGCAAAAUUCUGUACAUUUCGGUUGGUACAUCAAAUGGAAUGGACCAUUGCUGUUUGCAUUGGUAGGACCAGAAUAUUCGGGAGCGGCUUUGAAGAUGGUCCUCUUUGACUGGUCUGGUCAUUUUAAUCAGUUGGACUGAAAUGUUCCUUAAUUUUCCAUUUCACAAAAUUGUUGUCCCCAGAACCGCUCUUUUGUAUCCUGUUUACAAGAACAGUGAGCAAACAUGCAAUGGCUUGGAUUGGGUCUGUGCAACUGGAAUGUACAUAAUUGUACAGUUCCAUUGGGCUCGUGGAAUUCCCGAAAUUGCAAACCGGAAUUUUUGUUGAAUGGAACGUGCCCUAAGUUUUCUUUAAAGAACCCAAUUAGGAUAGAUCUCUGCAUCGAUUGAAAACAGAAGUCACUCAUGGGUACUGCCAAAGGCAAGAUGGUUAACUUGCAAAAAAAAAGUAACAUUAGGGUAGUAGCUAAUACACUGUCAUGCCAUAGGUAACUUGCUGUUGCAGACUCAUGAAUUUUACAGUUAAAAGUAAAAACAAUUAGGAUAUAACAAACAGCCAGGUCAAGUUAGUGCUUUUUUGUGUCAAACCUUUGAAUAUUUAAUGAUGAUUAUUUUGGUUAGUAAAUUAAAUUUUCCUCACAAAAGAUGUGGUGUAACACUAAAAAUCUUUACACUGUGGAAUUAGCAGUACAUCUUUUGAGUAUUCAGGGCUAUUGCUAAGGGUUGGGGACCAGGAAUGUCGCUAAGAGCCCGCUGCCAGCUUUUUCACUGGCUUAAAAGGAGCUCACCACCGGUUCAAAUUGCUCUGGAAAACAAUGACCUGGACGAAUACUAUUUUGAAGGUGCAGUUGAGUAAAAAAGCCAACUUGAUUAUUAAAAAAGCCUGCUUAGCUUUUCCUUAUCUACAUCCCUGGGAUUUUUCCUGGCUACUUUGAGCAUGCCCUUCGGCUACUUUCAUCAUGAACAAGACAAAAACAGAACCAAAAGAACUUCCUAACUAUUUAAUUUCCCCCUGACUUACUAAAGCGCUUAAACAACGACAAUGGCGACGGCUACGAAAAUGUCACUUAAAAAGUGAAUUCGCACUGCUUGAUUGCGCUUAUCCCAUCUCGUUCAGUUCGUCAAAUGUUGGCAAUUUUUUCUGGGGUUGAAUUCUAACAGACUAUCAAAGUUCAGGAAAAGAAAAAGAAAGUCUUUGUAUGUGUUCACGUCCUCCACAAAACGUGAAAUUUGGUAUUUUCACGUCGUAGUCGUGCAGUGAUGGCAAAGAAAUGUAUAAGAGUUGCUGUUCUGCUCAUCUAAAGCUAUUCUGAUAUUAGGGUAGAACCCAUUUCCUAACAAUUUCUUAUAGUGAUGGUAUAAAUGAUAGGUGUAUGUUUUUUGAAAGUGAUUAUGACA